AUGGUGUGUAAUUAUAAAAGGCUAAAUGAUAAUACACACAAGGACCCAAGAUCAGGGCUUGCCUUGCUACACGGCAUCGAUGUUGGCGCAGGAGUAAUUGACCCUGAUUACAGAGGAGAAAUCAAGGUCCUUCUCUUUAAUCAUAAUCAGGAGGAAUUUGAAGUGCGCGCUGGUGACAGAAUUGCUCAGAUCAUCUUUGAGAAGGUUUCUUUACCAAGAAUGGUGGAGAAAGAUGCUCGCAAUCUCUGUGACAUUCGGAAUGAUGAAAGACAUGAUGCUCGCAACUGGAGGAGCACCGAAGGAUUUGGCAGCACGGGGAAAGCUGCUUUGCAGUACAUUCCCUACAAUCAAAAGCCAUUGUUACAAGAGCAACAAGAAUACAUCCGGUGGUGUGAAGCUGAGAUGAAGAGGCUUCGGGAAGAAUCAAUCCAAUACAAGACUGAACUUGAGGAACUCAAGUUAAUAAUUAAGCUUCAGGAUGAUGAACGGGAACUAAGAAUGAAGGGAAAAUACAAAGAAGAAGAAAUUCAGAAUUGCUCAGAUCAUCUUUGA